AUGUUCCUCUUUACACAGCUUAACACAUUUUGUCUCCAGUUUAAACAAAACGCCUAUUAUAAUUGGUUUGCAUCUCGUAAACUGCAGUGCGGCACGGGCGGGGUUUGGCGGCACGCCUUUGAUGCGGGCCUUUACGCCGUGUCAACCACUGAGUCCAAUCCCAUUACCCGUUAGUUGACAGGCUUAAGCAGUCGACUGGUGAGCGGGAAAAAGAAUAGAGCGUGAGAUUGAAGCUGGAGAUUCCGUACUCACGCGUCGUGAGUUGGAAGAUUGCCAACUGACGGGAUCACCCGUCCUCCUCAGGACUGAGAGUCAGGCUGCAGUGGCAUCUUAAUGUGACCUUUACGGGGUCCGAACUUCCCAUACAGAAGCCAGGUACUCAUGGGGUGACAACUUUUUGUUCGAAGAGCACUGUUUCUAAAUGUUGGAGCUAAAUGUUCUAAAUGUUUCUAAAUGUUACACAGCUUAACACAUUUUGUCUCCACUUUAAACAAAACGCCAAACUUCCGUGUUAGGACCUAUUAUAAUUGGUUUGCAUCCCGUAAACUGCAGUGUGCAACGCGCUGGGUUUGGCGAAAAGCCUUUGAUGUAGGCCUUCACGCCGUGUCAGUCACUGAGUCCAAUCACGUUACCUGCCUGAGCAGUCGACUGGUGUGUGGGAAAGAGAAUAGAGCGUGAGAUUGAAGCUGGAGAUCCCGUACUCACGGAUAAAUAUAUCACGACGCGUAGCGCGUCGUGAGUUGGAAGAUUGCCAACCGACGGCAUCGCCCGUCCCCCUCAGGACUGACAGUCAGACUGCAAUGGCUUCUUAAUGUGAUCUUUAAGGAACUCACACGCGUGCGGGAUCCGAACUUUCCGUACAGAUGCCAGGUACGUGUAGUGGGAACCUUGCCGUGUGUGUGGCACGCGAAGACGGCUUGUUUAACCACUGAGUCCAGAUCUGCCCCCGGUCGUCUUACCGUUUGAGCUAAGUGGGUGAGGCAAAAGGGAGUAUGGCUGGUGCUGUGCAAGUCAGUGUUAUGGUGCUGCUUCAGCACCAUAACAUGGUGAACCUCCAAGGGAAUUGCAUGCUGCAUCCUGCGCUCGAUGUUCUGGUUGUCAGAGUGGGGAUGGCGAGUUUUAAUUCUACACUGUUGUAGCAUGUUUUAAUGAUGUCCACUCGAAUCAGUUCAGUCGGACAGGUUUAGGGAAGAUUCUGUCUAGUAUUUCGACAAUAGUACCCCCUAGCAUCUCGUGAAACUGAGGCGGGGCUCUUUGGGGCAUGUCAUCAGGCGAAUGGGCCGAAGGCAUCUGCGGUUUCAAUUAUCUAAUAAAGUUCUUGGCUCAACGAUCGGGUUAUGGACGCGUUCCUCCCGUUGUUCUCUCCAACAAAGUUAAUAUUCCUGAUCAUAACGGACAGAACAACGGACCCAUGACUCAAUGGCAGAACACUGCCCUGCAUAACACUCAAUGACCGGAGAACCUGGGUCUAAAUCACAGGUGAUCCAGGUCUGGAUUUGAAAAUGGCAACAGAAGGCGUCCAACAAACCAGAGAUGGCUAUCUCAAUCUCCCUUUUCUUUGUCGGUGAUCUUGUUCUACAUUCAUCACUAACCGCAGUGCGACUGCCAGGGGGACUCUAGGUUGACCCCUAUGGUGCAGCGGAACAAGCAUGUCGCGUAACCUGAUCGGUGAGCCUCCAUCCUAUGGCACUGAAUAUUCUCGAUCGCAGUCGUUAGGACAACGGGUCCGUGGCUCAACGAUCGAAUUUUUGACUUACAUACAAACGCUUGAUGACUGAGCAGUCUGUGCUUGAGUCCUAGGUCCCUAAACCCAGGGUUAACUGAACCCGCAUUUCAACGGGUAAAAAAUCAGAAAUGGCCAUCUUGGUCUUUCUAAUCUCUGUUGUCACGCAAUUCUUUGCUGAAAAAAACUGUUUUCUCACCGUUGAGCUAAUUUAACCGGGUAUUGGUAUUUGAAACGACCACACUAAUCCCUUUUUAUUUCGUCCCUAGGCUCUUUGGUUAGUGUCCAUUAAACCGAGGGUGACAUCUAGACUGAGUGUUUCAAAACGUAAUUGCGAAAAAAACUAAGAAAUACUUGCUUGACCGUAAGCCUUAUUCCUAUGUUUAUGCUCAGCCCGCACUUCCCGCGCAGAAGUCUCUGAUUAGACUAUGCUACUUUUAAUUGACAGUAUACACUCGUAUUAUCCGUCUAACAUGUGCGACAAACAAAUCGGUGGCCAUGCCAAUAGGGCUGAUUCUGCGUCGCCGGACUAGCGUUUUCCUACUGUGGAUGUGAACAAAGUUUUUUUGCUGCUAGACAGGUAAACAUGACACUGGCGGGUUUAUGCUUGCAGUGCUUGUAUUUUAAAACCAGGAGGACAAAUCUGUUUCAACUGGUUUACCGUUGGUAUAAAAAUGGUAUGAUUUUUCUCCAUCUAUUUUUGAUACUCUUAUGGACUCAAAUAUAUUUGAUGGAAAAAAUAAUCGAAAAUAUGCCUUCUUAUAUCCACUUGGUAGAAGGUAACGUUUUCUUAGAAUUUUAUACUUGGAGAAGGGACAUCUAUUGGGUUUAGAGUUUUUUUCAACUUCUAAAUAAUUUUGAGUCCUGGCUGCAGUCGCACUUGCGCUUAGGUUUUCCAAAAUGCACGUUGUAUACUACUGUGUAUGGCAAAUCACUUAUUUCCGUAAGCUAUUACCAAGACGUCAGAUAGGGCCCAGAAUUUUAUCAUGGACAUGAACUAGGUUGUUUACUUCACAAACGCCACUGAUAAAAUUUCAGGUAAGAUGCUGUUCGAAUGGAUAUUUCACGGUCUUAAGAUUUGCGUUUCUCCGAGUACGAAAUUUGAAAAAGACGUAAUUUACUACUGAAUGAGUACAAGGUAGUAUGUUUUUGACCAUGUUUUCCAAAAAUAUAUUGCAAUUCAUAAGGACGUCGAAAAUCAAUGGUAAAAAUGCAUGCUACUAAAGUAGCCACUUUUACGGAGUUCAGUUUAAGCAGGCAGUCUAUGAGGGGCGGUUCCAAAGGCGGUAUCCUGCCGGGACUGAAAUAUCUUGGGAUUAUGCUGCACUAUAAUCAAUGAUACAACGCGCUUAAGUAACCCUGAUAGAGAGCGAGUUUCCGAAUGUUGAUUAAAAUUUCCUGAGAUCGGCCACUGUAGGUCGUCUUCCUGACGGCGCAGGUUCCUGUUAAUGUCUAAUAAUCUGGAAGUAUGUACUGCCUUUGCGCACACUGCAAAAGUUGAAAUGCGUGUUAAAUAUCUUUCAACUGCAACCGAGGACGCAUAAAUGUCUACUGUGAGUCCUAGGGGCUUGGAGUUCAAAUAGGGUUCACUUGAAGGAGCAUCGUCCUUUAACGGGCAAACAAGAUUUUCGGCUAAUGCUACUCUUUACCUCGUGAUGAAAAAUGCGGCUAGAAAGGGAAAAGAGUUAAGGAAAAAGUAGAAAAGUUUUUGUCCACGCGAAGUAAGACCAUGCCGGCAUGGAACGCCAUGCAGUUGUAUUGCUCUUGAACUAGGCGGACCCUUUUAUCCCACGUUCGACGACGAUGGCACGUUCCAAACCCUGCUCAGCUAGUCACCCAAACACACGUUUGCAGUCCAAAAUCGGGGUAUAGGCCAGGCCGCUAGACUUAGGAGGCUUCUGGGCGUUGAAAGAAGGCGUACUUAAGCAGUUGGUUAGUUUUGGCGAAAUGUAUUGGAACUAAUUAGCAACUUUUUGAAUCACGCCGGUUGGCUAGCAAAUAUUGAACCUGUUCUUAUCAGACCGCGUCGAUUCAUUUUGAUGUCAAAGUUGCUUAAUCCUUCCUUUAUCCAUCUACUGACCUCGUGCAACCGCAUUUACCUGCGAGCUCUCUGUAUGAUCGGUGUCUUAUUCUACGACCAUUACCUUUAACGCCAAGUCAAACCUUUGUCAUUUCCAGUACUUAUAUAUCAGUAAUUUGUGAGUUCAUUGCACAAACGUUCGUUGCAUCCAACCUGGUCCUCUUCCUUUUUUUAUCUUACAGGAAUGCGAGUCGCCAUUUACUCGGAUUUUGGAGCCGCCGCGUUAAGUGUAAAACAACUGCUGCAUUGCCUCCAAGAUGUGCUUCCCUCUCUGUCCGUGUUCACAGUCAAGAGCGAGUUUGUCAUCAAAAAUCGCUUUUCUGACUGUGACCUCUUCUGUGUUGGCGGCGGAUUCAGUCGCGGAGUUGUCCACUCGAUGACGGACGUCGGACUGGCCAAUCUAAAGACCUACGUACGGUCUGGUGGAAAGUACCUAGGUAUUUGCUCCGGCGCCUACCUGGCCUCUCGACUGACAGAGUUUGCUGUAGGAAGCCCGCUGGAGAUAGUGGAUGCAGGAUAUCUCAACUUCUUCGAUGGUAACACCUCCGUCUGUUUACUUCUCUCUGCGUGUAGGCAUCGCAAGAGGUCCCCUUUAUAAGGAUUACGUGUAUAACUCGGAAAAAGGGAGUUGUGCAGCACGCGUGGAGGCAGCUGAAGGUAUCCAGACCGCUUUGCCGCCCGCUUUUGUCUCAUACUUCAACGGAGGUUGCGAGUUCUUGGACGUUCCUUCAGGUGACGCUUCUGUCUUAUAUCACUAGUAAGUCCCUACGAGGCCCAUGCGCUGUGCUUGACCGUGUUUGCUUGAAGCUACUGCUUUCUAAUCCACUUUUUCCUUUUUUGCCUCUAAUGCUUUAUGCUAGCCGCCCGACACCUAUAACUAAGCGUCUUCUGCAGGCAUUUUACUACACCACUUCCGUCGUUGUUAUUCAAACUUCAGCAGUCAUCUCUAAUUGCCAUCCACAUAUCCUGUCUAAAUUUGGUGAUUUCAUAACUACCGUCUGUUCGUUGGUAGGACAAGAAUUAGUUAUUUAGGCUGCACUGCAAUGUGGUAAUUCUCAUCACCAUUGCCGCCGGUUGUUAAGGGGUAGUCUUUAUGAUACUCGCUUUCCCAUCAGUUCUGUAGUUUAGAUUGUGAUGCUCAGCAGCUGGAUUUCAUUGGUGCUCAUUGACCAAUAGGCGUUCUGCGGAGGACUUGGAAGUAAUAUAUCAUUCAUUUAAAAAUGGGUCUCGACACAGUGCACUACCAGACUCCUCCCCCCUUUGCCCUCUUCUAAAUUCCCUGACAGAACUGAAAUGUCUGAACGCCCUCAACCCUCUCCCCAUGACCACUGUUCAUUGUCUGCCUUGCCUGAGGCUGAAUAAUCGAAAAUGUACGUUCUCCGAACUAAACUUCUUCAGCCGAUAACGUGUGGACGGCGCCGGCGAACAACAAUUUCAGUGACGGCGAGUUAAAUGGCCGAGUGAUUAUCACGCCAACAUCCAACACGGAUGAUUAAAUCGCAGUAAUUGACGACUCGGAUGCGGACUAACAAGUCAUCAUCGUACCAAUUACGACCCUCAGCAGUGAUAGCGAGAACUGUUAAUUAUAUUACGCAUGUGGUACCAUGGCAGCUACGUAAUAUAAAUGCCGCACUCCGUAUGCCUCCACUGUCCUUAUCUGCGGCUGCCUCUGAUGAUGGAUUCGCUCGAGAAUCCGCAACGUCAGGCCAGUAAACUUGUUCCUGUGAUCGCAUCUUCUGCUUUUUCUAAACUGCUCACUGAAGUUCGCCUCUUCGCUCCUUUCGACUUCCUCAUCGCGGAAAUUAUGUUUUUUUCUCUAUCGGAUGGCAAACAGACAUGACUUCAAUAUCUGGACAGAGCCUCGGGAACGCCUAAGGUUUGCCCUUUGGGUCGAGGACCCUUAAUCAAACCGAUCUCAAUGCCCAUGCGGACUUCGCUAUCAACUGUACGUUGGCUCUGCGCAUAUUGUAUGUCACCUCGUGUCCAAGAUGGAUGCGUGCUCCCUACCCUACCUCAUGCACGGUUUCUCGCCCUGUCACCUCAGUCUCCACUCAGUCAUUGGUGUCUCCCGGGGCCCCGAAAGUAUAAUCUCAAUGUCAGAUAUGCCUAACCGACUGUCAGCAUUUUUUGUGUCCUGGUGGUUUAAUAGAAUUGGCCUGCUUAAAUGCGGGUAUGCUCUCCUUUCGAGUGAUUCGUUAUAAACUUUAAAAUUUCACCUGCAUCUGUGCCCGUUAAAUGCUGUAGGGAUUGGGUUGUGUGUGGCACGCGUAGACGCUGUCAGACACUUCGUCCGAGCCAACCAUAUUCGGUCGUCUUUACACUAUCUUGCCACCAGAGCCAGGUGGGUGAGGGAGGGGGGGGAAGUGUGUUAGAUGCUUAACAAGUCUGCCUCAUUAUAAACUAAUCCACACGCAAGUCGUUGUCCUAUGGCUACUCUGUUAGGCACGCGAUGGUCAUGCAAACUAUAGACUCGACAUAACAAUAGCUGACUUUCUGUUGAAAUACGUAUUGCAGACUGUUCACCGUUAAAGCACUGGCUGUCCGUUGGCAGAUUUUGAAUAGCACGCAGUUGGGUAAUAAUCGGGAGAUGGCACCCAAAAAACCCGCCUAACCAAAGCAGCCUCUCUUACGGGACAGGUGGUAAUGGGGGUUUUAUGGAUGGUGGCUCGUCGGGAUGUACGAUACUAGUCGACGGAAAGCCUUAUUUGAACAGGUGAAUGAUCGAAGUUGGCCCGCUCUCCGUUCCGUUAUUACAAAAUGGGUCGCCAAAGGCAGUAUAGUGGUAACGGACAAGUGGAGGCGUAUAAUCAUCUUCCCUCAGAAGGUUAUCUACAUUUCUCUGUUGACUACUCAAAGAACUUCAAGGACUACCACCAGACGGCACACCAAUGCCAUUGAGGCAUACUGGAGUAGACUGAAAAGGAAACUCUACGAGGGAGGCCCUGUCGAGCUCUGUGGGCUCACAUAGACGAAGUACAGUAUCGUCUUUGGUUUGGCCUAAAUACCAUGUCUUUGACAGAUGCCUGAGAACUGUUCCUGUCCCACGUUUUGCAGACUUAUCCUAUUUAAAAGUGAUUUUGUUUUGUAAUAAAUUGCCAGAAUGCGAAUGUAUGCCGUAUAUUCAGGUGUACGUGUGUAACGAUGGGGAAGGUUCGGUAACAGCGACCAUCGUCCAUGUAACCUCCUGCGAUGCUCGUUCAGCCAGCCCAUGUUAAGCCGUCGGGGAAAGUCCAAGUAGUACGUGAAAGUAGGCCUGCAACCGCUGAUAUAGCCUGAAGGCGUUUGAGUCCACUUUUAAAGGUGUUAUUUCUAGGUAACGGAUUUUUUGGUGCCACCUCCCGAUUGUUGCCCGCAGUUGUUCCGCGGAAGUUGAUAAAAUUCAACUGAAUUAUCCACGCCAACAUUCUGACCGAACCUGAAAGGACUUGUACGCGGGACUCUUCUUCAAGUUCACACGAAGUUAUAAAAAUGAGGACUGAACCUAAGCUCCAUCAGCCGGCUCCAAUUAUGAGGGCAGUACACGGUCAAAUCACAAACGCUAUGCAGAAGCCUUUUAGAAUUUUUCAAGCAUUGUCGACUUUAUUGUGAUCGUCUUGGAGGCUUGCUGGUGCUCUCACUCAAAUUCGAAAGGCGUCCUCGAGGAGUGAUCUUCUGAUGAACCCCCACUUAAAGUUUCUGUUUCAGAAGUAUUAUAGGGAACUCGUUUUUCGCGCUUCAUCUAGCUAUUUUUGGUGAUUUCGCAUGACAAGCCAGCAGAAAGUUAGUCCUUUGUCUUUUUUAGGAAACUUAACUAAAUUUCCGUCUCAUAAUCUCCUCCUAUUUUCAGCAGCGACCUGCGAACUCCGGCCAUAAUUCGUUGCCGUUUUGGUGAAGGAGAAGCUCUCCUCAGCGGAAUACAUUUCGAAUUUGAUCCCUUCUGUCUAGCUGAAAUUGAGAAGGAUCCAUAUUUUCUUCGAAUUCUACCUAAGCUGAAAGCGGGGGAUCCUCAGCGAAGGCAGUUUUGUAAAGCUGCUCUUGAGGACUUCUUGAACUAA